AUGAUCCAUAUCCUCAAACAGAUCAAUACACCUCUCUUUCAUCUCUCACUCUCUCUGACAUUCUUUUCCUCUAUUCUUUCAUCUCCUUUUCCCUCGCUCUCCCUUACUCUCUCUCUCUCUCUCUCUCCCAGUUCCUUCCCUCUCCGUCUCCCUUCCCCUUGCUUUCUCUCUCCCACUUCCUUUUCCUCUUCUCUUUCAUCUCCUUUUACCUCCAUCUCCCUCUCUCCCUCUGUCACUCCCAGUUCCUUCCCUCUCCCUUCCCCUUGCUUUCUCUCUCCCACUUCCUUUUCCUCUUCUCUUUCAUCUCCUUUUCCCUUGCUCUCCCUCUCACACCCAGUUCCUUCUCUCUCCGUCUCCUUUCCCCUAGCUUUCCCUUCUCUCUUUAAACUUCCUUUCUCUUCCUUUGUCUCUCCCUUCCCCUUGCGUUCUCUCUCCCACUUCCUUUUCCUCUUCUCUUUCAUCUCCUUUUCCCUUGCUCUCCCUCUCUCUCUGUCACUCCAGUUCCUUCCCUCUCCCUUCCCCUUGCUUUCUCUCUCCCACUUCCUUUUCCUCUUCUCUUUCAUCUCCUUUUCCCUUGCUCUCCCUCACUCUCUCUCACUCUCAGUUCCUUCCCUCUAUCUUCCCCUUGCUUUCUCUCUCCCACUUCCUUUUCCUCUUCUCUUUCAUCUUCUUUUUUCUUUGCUCUCCCUCACUCUCUCUCCCAGUUACUUCCCUCUCCCUUCUCCUUGCUUUCUCUCUCCCACUUCCUUUUCCCCUUCUCUUCCUUCUCUUUUUCCUUGCUCUCUCUGUCACUUCCUUUCUAUUUCACCUCCAUUUAUCUCUCUCUCACUCGCUCUUACCCUGCCUCUCUUUCAUUUCCCUUUCCCUCACUCUUCCUCUUCCUGUCACAUCCCUUAUCCCCACCUCUAUUUAACCUCACUUACUCUCCCUUACUACUCUUUCAACUCCCUGUCUUUUUGUUCUCUCUCACUUCCCUCUCUUUCAGCUCCUUUUAUCUCUCUGUCACACUUCUCCUUGACCUUGAUCUCUCUCAUUUCCUUUUCCCCUCGCUCUUUCUCUCUCACACACUUCCUCUCCUUUUUCCCUCUUUGUAUCUCUCUCUUCCCUUUCCCUCUCACCCUAUCCCCUCUCUCUCUUUCUCUCUCUCUCUCUCUCUCUCUUGCCUCCAGUUGUUUAUUGAUCAGAGAAUUUGAGGUGCGGCAGACGUUUGAAUUUUCAAUUUUGCAUCUUUUUCUUGAAAGAUUUGCCAAACAUUUCCAAAAGCUUCGAGUGAACAUGAAAUGUUGA